UUUUUUUAUUUAUUGUCCGGUGAAGCACACGGGUUCGUGUUUCGGUGUGGGUACUGGAGAGGGAGGAAGUGAAUAAUUUAAAUGUCUCAAAUAGCCCAAAGGAACGGAAGGGUAUUGUUUGAUACCGGGAGAGUCGUUUUCUCGUUAACUUUGUCCUGUCAGUUGUCAGUCGUGCCUUUGUUUACUGUCGCUCAGUGCUUUCUAAAGUAGACAGAGAGAGAGAGAGAUAGACGGUGCGUGACAUUCCCAUUAAGGCAGAUCGUGAGGUGUGAUCAUUAAUUAGACAGAUCAAGAGGGUAUGGUGCUUUAUCGGAGAGAAUCUCAGGUUUGUGUGAACAAAGAAGAUUAACGGUUUCCGUUUUCUGGGAAGAAACCGGAAUAACUCGUUAAAAGCGCUGUGUGGUUCCUUAUACGAGUCGAGCGGAUGGCAAGAUGGCAACAACAACAAUAACAACAACAACAACAACAAAAGGACUGACCAGUGAAGAGACAGACACAACAAACAGCGCCACAUUAUCUACAAUGGCAGCAUCUUUAGCUUUAAACAACAGGGUUUACUCUCUGGACGACUUGGAAACAGUGGCCACUGUCGGCACAGGGACAUUCGGGAGGGUUUUUCUGGUCAAGGACAAGAAGACGAGGGGUUUCUUCGCCCUGAAAGCCAUGAAGAUCCCAGACGUCAUCCGGUUAAAACAGGAGCAGCACGUCCAUAACGAGAAGGAGGUUCUGACGGAGGUGAACCAUCCCUUCCUCAUCCGGCUGUUUUGGACGUACCAUGAUGAGCGCUUUCUGUACAUGCUAAUGGACUACGUGCCAGGCGGCGAGCUGUUCAGCUACCUGCGCAACCGCGGCCGCUUCAGCAACGGCACCGGACUCUUCUACUCGGCCGAGAUAGUGUGUGCCAUCGAGUACCUGCACUCCAAAGAGAUUGUCUACAGGGAUCUGAAACCCGAGAACAUCCUGCUGGACAGAGAAGGUCACAUCCGCCUCACCGACUUCGGCUUCGCCAAGAAACUUUCCGACCGGACGUGGACUCUGUGUGGCACUCCUGAGUAUUUAGCUCCAGAGGUGAUCCAGAGUAAAGGUCAUGGCCGGGCGGUGGACUGGUGGGCCCUGGGUGUUCUCAUAUUCGAAAUGCUGGCAGGGUACCCGCCAUUUUUUGACGACAAUCCCUUCGGCAUCUAUCAGAAGAUCCUGGCAGGAAAGCUGGAGUUUCCAAGGCAUCUGGAUUUCUACGUAAAGGACCUCAUCAAGAAGUUUCUGGUGAUUGACCGAGCAAGAAGACUUGGGAACAUGAAGAACGGAGCAGAGGACGUGAAAAAGCACAGGUGGUUUAAGACUAUAGACUGGGAUGCUGUGCCAAAUAGGAAACUAAAGCCCCCUAUAGUUCCUAAGGUAUCUCACGAAGGUGACACAUCCAACUUCGAAGCUUACCCUGAGGACGAGUGGAAAAAAGAGACUCCAGUGUCACCAAAGGACCUCGAGAUCUUCAAGAACUUUUGAAAAUGGAAAACGAGGGAACCAUGAUUUCCUCCGCUGGUGCAACACGUCCAUUGUGAUCGUGGUGGUCGGCCUCGCUGCUCUCCUCUCACUACUCGAUUGAGGACACGGAGAACGUUCGGUCAUCAUGUUUACCAUCACCAUCAUCCUCAAGAUCCUCAAGUGUGGAGAGAAGGAAGUGCUAUUUAUUUAUGUUUCUCUGAGCCUAUUUGCAAAAAAAUAAUAAUAAAAAGGCGCCAAUGUUUUUUCCAACGGUGUCUAAGCCAAGAACACACUAGAAGCCAGUAGUCCGAUAAAGUUUACAUCAACAACUAUCAAGCUAUCGGAAACAAUGACUCGUGUGUUCGUGAUGUCAUGCGAUGUGGAGAACCAACAACAAAGGGUUCUUUUCAUCUUGAUGUCAGACGGUUUAAUAUACUAUUAUUUAAAGCUUUUUAUUAUAUGAUUAAUAAGACAAACGUGAUGUAUUGGAGUAGAGAUGCAUCGAUACCUUGCUUUUUGUUUUUAACCAGACCAAAUACCAAGUAGUGCUUGAUUGAUUCCUCAUUUCAUAUCUGUGUCAGUGUGAACAAUCAGGGAAGUCACCCAACCAUAUAUUCAGCGUUAUUUUAUUUUCCCUGGGUUAAAUAGUACAAAAGUGCGUGUUCGUGAUUUUAGGCUACUAGACUUGUUAUUUUGUGUGAGUUCAUUAAAAAAAGUUAGUUACCCUGGAUGGUGUAGGGUUGAAGUUGUUCCUCUUCAGAUGUACACUUCCCUACAGCUGUAUGUAAAGAACCUUUUCUUGUUUUUGGCUGCGUCAGAAUCCCUCGUUGCCAAGGAGCAAGAACAAUACACUGGAUAAGACCCGAUAGGGAAGAUUCUAGCUGUGUCCCAAAUCACGUACCCAAAGCAGUCUUAAGUUUCACAGUCGAUUGCAAAUAACAAUGUCAGUGUUGUAAAGACGUCUCGUACAAUGGAGUGUCGUCAGCCAUCUUGAAAAUCAGCGUGAGCACCUGCUAGCCUAUGCAUAAGCAAAGCUGCGAUUGUCCAGUGAAUGAAGUGUCAUGAAGUGCGCUUCUUCUUCUUCUGCUUCUUCUUCUUCUUCGAGUUUUUAGUGUAAAACCACUCCUCAAGGUAUUUUAUACUACACAAUGCUGUGUAUAAGUAUGUGAUUUGGGACACACCUGGAUUCCUCCAAAUGGAUCCAAGUUAAAGAUUAUAUUCACCAAUCAGGUAUAACUUUAUGAGCACUGACAGUGGAUUAGCUCCUCACCUGUUAGUGGGUGGGAUAUAUUAGGCAUCAAGUGAACAUUUUGUCCUCAUAGUUGAUGUGUUAGAAGCAGGAAAAAUGGACAAGUGUAAGGAUUUGAGCGAGUUUGACAAAGGGCCAAAUUGUGAUGGUUAGACCACUGGAUCAGAGCAUCUCCAAAACUGCAGCUCUUGUCGGGUGUUCCCGGUCUGCAAUGGUCAGUAUCUAUCAAAAGUGGUCCAAGGAAUGAACAGUGGUGGACCGGCGACAGGGUCAUGGGCGGUCAAGGAUCAUUGAUGCACGUAGGGAGUGAAGGCUGGUCCGUGUGAUCCGAUCCAACAGACGAGCCACUGUUGCUCAAACUGCUGAAGAAGUUAAUGCUGGUUCUGAUAGAAAGGUGUCAGGAUACCCAGUGCAUCACAGUUUGUUGCAUUUUGGCAGCAAAAGGGGGACCAACACAGUAUUAGGCAGGUGGCCAUAAUGUUAUGCCUGAUUGGUGUAUUUUGUGUUGCCAUGGUGAUAUUUAUUCCGAACAAUCGGAACAGAACGAAAUUUGUGAUUUUAUUUGAAUUUUAAUUGUUAUGAAAAUAUUCUAAAAAGGUCGAAACAGAAAAGUGAGUAAGUAUCGUGCGAUUUGGGACGCACCUUGUGUUGUUUUUGUAGGUGUGUAGUUCCUCCUCCUUUUUCUCAGAGCACAUUUAGUAGUCUGCUUUGGUUUGAUUGCCAUCGUCCAGAUCAACAUUGUGUCACAGUAUCACCUGCUUUCGGAGCAUUUUAUUUCAAAGUAUCUGUCCGAUCUUAGUAUCUGUAUCGAUGCAUCUCUAUUAUAAACUUUAGUCAAAUUAUUGAUGGUUUUAAUUCUCAACGUGACGUGGUGCUUCUUGACGUUUUGAACCGGUAGCUUUUCUGUCGAGGUUUGAUGCAGCUUCAGGAGUGACGCUUCCUCACGCUCCUCAUCAUCUCUGCAUGUACGUAACGAGACUUUUAGCACUUGCCUAAUGUGGCCUUAUGUUAGGAUGUGUAAAUUAGAACAGAAAAAAAAGGUACUAGUUUGUUUGAAGCCACUGGUUCAGUCGAAUCACUUUUGACUCUGGAAUAUAAAAUCUCUGUAUAGACAUGUGGGACUUAGGUUUACUGUUAAAUUAGUAGCUUGUGUGUGUGUGUGUGUGUCCAAAUCAAGUUCUUCCUCUCCUCGUUCUUCUUUUUCUUCUCCAUGAACACGUCUUCUUUCUACACGGGUUGCACUCUACAGUUAAAACCCAAACCUGUUUCAGGAGUUUUAUUGUUAUUUAUAAACGUGCAGUGAAGAAAACCUGUUACAAAACGUUCGUUUCAGCUUUAAUGCUCUCUAAAGCGACACUGCUAAUAAGGAAAGUAAACGCAUCAGUGCAAUAAAUGUGGAUCACGUUACAGUAUUUAAAGAGGUGAUUCUCAAACUUCAUUACAGACUAACCAUGGCUGGAGGAGGUGAUGGGUGUAUAUAUACAUAUAGGAACAUCUGAAGGCAUGUAAGUCUGUUAGAGACGCCUUUCAUCACCAUUCACACUAAGACUAGCUAGAAAGAAAGAAAAAAAAAGGAAGGGGAGUGGCCAAAUGCCAUAAAUGUAAAUGAGUUCAAAUAAAUAACCCGCUGUAUUACAUGCAAAGUGAUAUUGAAGUGUUAACAGUCCAUUAAACCAAAACAAAAAACAUCCAUAGUGUAGUUUUGUGUAUUUGUACAUUCAGGUACAUUUAUCCAGCCUCUUUUUUUUUUUUUUUCCCCCGCCACUGCGGCAGCUAGUAAAUAUACUAGUUAACUUGUCUAUGCAACCGACAAAACCGUAAAAAUAUUCCUCAUGAAGAUUCACACUCUCUUCAACAUCUUCACUUUCAGCUUCUUGAUGCUUUCCUUUCUUAUUCUUUCUGCUUAAAAUGAAGUCAAGAAUGAAAAUCAAGUCGCAGCUGCUUAUUUCAAAACAUUUGAUUCGAGUAUAACUGUGCUAACUAAGUUCAAACUAAAUGUCUUGACUAUUAAAAGGACCAAGAAGAAGAAUAUUCACUGGGACUAUUUGACGUGAAUAUCCUGAUGUUUGACUGCUAGCUUGUACCGUGUGGAUUCAUCAUGGAACCAGACGACAGCGAGGAGGAAAAAAUACAUAAAUCUUGACAGCUGAAACUUCCCCUACACAUCAAACUAAUCCACUGCAUGAAGGUUCGACACUCAUAACUAUGGCAACUCCCAAAAUAUUAUGCCCAACUGAACACCCUGAUUGUUGUAGAAAAUAAAGUCUCCCAGUGUGGAUCUCUUAGCUUUUUGAGACUUAAUGCUGGGUAUAAAAAGAACGGAAUAAAAUGGUCCUGGAUUUUAAUAUUCAGGAAGUUUUAUAAUGCAGAAAUAGGAAGCAACACCAUGUACAUAUCUUACAUCCUACACUGUCUCUCGCAUGUCCUAGACAACGUUACUGAUAUUUUUUUUUUUUUAAUGAAA